GAAAAAAUAAAUAAAUUUCUUGGUCUUGGUGUUGUUGGUGUUGGUGGUGUUGUAGUAUUUGGGUCUUGCACUUUCUUUGUUUUCUUUCUCUCUUUUAUUUCUCUCACAGCAAAAUCUGACCCCCACUCCUUUUCUUUUGAAAGAUCGUUUCUUUCUUUGAUUUUUGCUUGGAAUUUUUCAGCUUUUCUUUUCUGUUUUUGAGAGGAAGUGAAAGGGAAAAAAAAUUAUCUUGCAUCGAUGAGGAUCAGGAAAAGACAGGUUCCGCUACCUUUCUCUUCUAUUUCACCAGUGUCUCCUCCCUCAGAUCCCAACUUUAACCGGUCUCCGGUGGUGCAACUCCCGCUGCAGCAGCACCCUCCUUUACCCGCCCCUUGGUUUGAUCCCCAGUCCCCCUCUGAUGAUCCCAAUCACCCGAUCGGACAACAUCCACCAGCCCAAGGCCGUGAUUUGUCUGCUUUCCAUGGAACAACAACAACAACACAUGGACAAGAGCUGAAGAAGAAAGAAGAUUACUUGGUUUUGCAGCAAGGAGGAGGAGGAGGAGAAGGGGAGAAGAGUAAUUAUACCAGGAAGAAAAGUGUUACGGGUGCAGAACUAGGAACUGGGUCUCUUUCACCACCGACUUCUUCCCAUCAAGCUGGUGGGAGCUGGGGUGAGGGAGAGAAAGCAUUUCCAUUGAAAAAGAGAAGAGGGAGCUUCGAAAGAAGAGGGAAUGAUGAUGAUAAGAUAAUGGAGAAAGAUACUCAUAAGAAGGUGAUGAUCAAUACCAACAAGAUGAAGACUAAGAUGAACAAGAAAUUUGUGCAGCCGCAAAACGAUAAUGAACAAGAAGAAAUCAAAGAGAUCAAAGACAGUGCUAGCACUACUACAGGUGAUAAUAAUAAUAAUAAUAAUCCUAGUAGUGCAAAAAAGAGAGGUCGAGGUGGUGCACUAAUGGAAGGGUCACGUUGCAGUCGAGUUAAUGGAAGGGGAUGGAGAUGUUGCCAACAAACCCUCGUUGGUUACUCUCUUUGUGAGCAUCAUUUGGGUAAAGGUAGGCUAAGGAGCAUGACUAGUGUUCGAAGCCGAUCUUUAGCUAGUAGUAAUGCAGCUGCAAAGGAGGAGCCGCCUAAUAAUAAUGAUCAUCAUGAUCAGCCAUUAUCGAAUUGCUCUUCCCCAUUUCAACAAGCAAAGCAAACACAGCGUGAAUUGCUUGGUGAAAGCGGUGAAAAUGAGAAUGAAGAUCAGGAGGAUCAGAAACCAUUGAUGAUGACAAAGAAGAGAGUAAAGCUUGGGAUGGUAAAAGCUCGAUCGAUAAGCAGUUUGCUGGGUCAAAACGACAAUGCAUUUGCAGUAGCUGAUGAUAAUAACUAGCAGAGAGUGUAUAAAAAACAAUAAUAAAAGCUGUUGCAACUGUUUCCAGCUUCAUUUCUGUUUGAGAUUUUUGAUGAACAGAUGCUUGAAAAAGUGUUUUCAGUUAUCGUUUUCUUCUUCUCUGCUUUUUAGUGCCUUUAUUUUAUGAAUGAUGGGCUUAAUAUUAAAGAUAAGGAUUGGAGUUUUUUCCAAUUAAUUGGAGGAUGAUCUGGCCGAAAUGUAUACUUUAAGAAAUAUUAUUAUAAUAAAUCUAUAUGUCGGGACUCGGGAGCCACCCCCAGGAGGCCCUAAGCUUAGAUAGUUACUGUAUAUC